AUGACGCUUUUCACAACGUCGAAGCCGGAUGCCGUAGCACAUACAUGCGUCGUCGUGUUCGACAAGACACACGCGGUUUCCUUUCGACAUGGACAGCAUUCAUCGCUCGAGAUAGCGGAACCAGUAACCCUGUACAACGUUCUGGAUCCGUCUAUGCGUGUCGAGGUUUUAUUUUCCAAUUAUUUGAACUAGUUGAUAAAUUUGAGCUGCUUUUCAGACUGUUGUGCACGCCGUUUCCGAUUCUUACGAUAUAGUUGUGUUCAAGAUGGUGAAAGGGGAAUUCUCGAACUAUCCGCAUGCUCUGGGCUCGAUUUUUCGCGGUCAGACAUACAAGCAGCUAGGUAUCUGUUCACAGCGAGAGCACACAUGGAAAGAGGGAACCGUUGCGGAGAGGCGUGGUAUGUCUAAUUUCUUAACUUCACAGAUGUUGAUUGUUUGAUUUAGUCGGCUUCUUCGUUGGGAGUUCGUAUGGAAAGAUUGACGAUUCGGGCUCCGGAAUCUUUAACUAUGCUGGCCACUUCCUCGGGAUAUCGGUUGCCAAGAAAAGCUUCGUCUUCAAUGAUUGUCAAAAUAUGCCAAUCGCCGAAGUUGCUGAUCAUUUCUCGGAUACUAAAAUCAUCAGUUCCGACACCAUAUUGACGAUAUCGGAAAUCAUUGGUCCAGAUGCCGAAGUAAGUUAAUUUAGUUAGAUAAUUGGUUUAAUUGUUUUGUAUCAGUUCGAUCCACCAAAAAAGAAGCAUGCGUCCGGUGCGAACUAG